AUGACGGAGGCCUCGGGGAUGACGGAUGCCUCGGGGACGAGGGACACCUCAGGGACAACAGAGGGAUGCCUCGGGGACGACAGAGGCCUCGGGGAUGACGGAGGCCUGGAGGCUGUAGAGGUGGAGGCCAUCGCAGACCGUGUGGCUGCCGAGGAGACCCAGCUCAGUUUCCGGAGGGGAGAGAAGCUGCGUGUGCUGCACCGGGUGACCGCCGACUGGUGGUGGGGCGAGCGGGAGGGCCGCCGCGGCUACAUCCCAGCCAACCACAUGAGAAGCUCGGACGAGCCGCGGCCCGAGGACGCGUGGCAGGAUGAGGAGUACUUCGGCAGCUACGGAGCCCUGAAACUCCACCUGGAAAUGCUGUCGGACCGGGCAAGGACGGCCGCAUACCACCAGGUGAUCGCGCGGCAUGAACACUUUCUGCAGGACAAAGUGAUUCUGGACGUCGGCUGCGGCACGGGCAUCCUCAGCCUCUUCUGUGCCCAGCACGCCCGGCCCCGAGCGGUCUACGCCGUGGAGGCCAGCGAGAUGGCCGAGCACACCGAGCGGCUGGUGCUCCUCAACGGCUUUGCAGACACCAUCACCGUCUUCCAGCAGAAGGUGGAGGACGUGGCCCUGCCGGGGAAGGUGGACGUGCUGCUGUCCGAGUGGAUGGGCACGUGUCUGCUGUUUGAGUUCAUGAUUGAAUCCGUGCUCUGCGCCCGCGACAAGUGGCUGGCCCCGGACGGGGUCAUCUGGCCCACCACGGCCGCCAUCCACCUGGCCCCCUGCAGCGCCGAGGACGACUACGGCCGCCACGUCCUGUUCUGGGACGACGCCUACGAGUUUGACCUCAGCUCUCUGAAAGCUUUGGCCGUCCGAGAAUUUUUGGCCAAACCCAAGUACAACCACGUUCUGGAGCCCGGAGAGUGUCUGAGUGAGGCCCAACCCGUCUUCUGGCUGGACAUGAGGACCGUGCAGACUGCCGACCUCGAGGAGAUGAAGGGCGAGCUGUGCUUCUGCAUCCGGAGGGCCGGGACUCUGCACGGGUUCGCGGCCUGGUUCAGUGUCGAGUUCCAGAACGUGGGGGACGACGGCCCCCGGCUGGUGCUGAGCACGGGCCCCUCGGACCCCGCCACGCACUGGAAGCAGACCUUGUUCAUGCUGGACGAGCCUGUGGCCGUCCAGGCCGGAGACAGCGUCACCGGCUCCGUCCUGCUGCGGAGGAACCCCGUGUGGCGCAGGCACAUGUCUGUCACCCUGAGCUGGAGCAUCACCUCCCGGCGGGAGCCCGCGUCCCCAAAGGUUGGAGAAAAAACCUUCCCAAUCUGGAGAUGACGAGCCGUGGGGCCCCCGGCACGGCCGAAGGACACAGGCACCGGCCAUCGGGGCCCCCUUCCC